CAACAACUGAUAUAAUAUUGAAACGAUAACCAUAAUUGAAACUAUAGUUCAUUUGCUAAGCUGCUCUCUCCUUUGAGUUCUCUGUCUUCAUCUGAUGUUAAUGGGUAUGUAAAAAUCUGUUCUUUGUGGGCAAAUUAUGAGGUCCAACCGUCCGUCAUUUUUCUCAUAGAUGUUUCAGUAUUGCUGAAAAUGGGUUGGUGAGACUUACCAAAGAAAAUAAAAAUACAAAGAAAAAAGGAAAGAAAAUGGGACGGCGAUGGAUCUUUUAAAGAGUGAGAAAGGAAGCAACAUACCAUGAUAUUCGGCUGCAUUAUGGAAUAAAGCCGAGGUUUUCAACCUUGCUGCAUCAAUACCAAAUAGGAGCGAUAACAGGCCACAUUCUGGAAAGUUGAUUUUAAGAGCAGUCCUGCCCUGAAAAGACUCCCUGGACCAUUAUAGGGGGACCUGGCAGAAUCUCUUGAGUAAAUUAUUCUUCAAUGCAAGCAUCACAGCAGCAAAGAAGUUCGAGCAUGUCCAACGGAUUGUACCAUCAACCAAUUCGAGAAGUUGAGGCCUACUACUUGCCUCAGUUUCGAACAUUCGACCACCAGCUACGCUACAAUGAUUGCAGCCAAGGGACCAACUCCUUGGCUCGAAACUUCUACGAACGGUAUUGCACUUUGGAGUCAUCCCCAGCAAAUGGUGAUGCUGUUUAUAAUUCCCCAUCAACUGUCAGUUUCACACCCAAUGGAAGCCCGCUGUCACAGCAAGAUUCUCAGUCACACCCUGCUGACCAGCACCAUUCCCCUGACAAUACCUAUGGCUCUUCUAUAAGUGGAUCCUGCAUAACUGAUGAAGGAAAUGACUUCAAGCACAAGCUGAAAGAACUGGAAACUGAAAUGCUGGGUCCCGAUUCCAACUUUCUUGACAGCUAUGAUAGCUCCUUCCAGAAGGACAUAAACAAUACCGCACCGGAAAUGGACAGCUGGAGACAAAUAAUGGAGGCAAUUUCUAGUAGGGACUUGAAGCAGAUCCUCAUCUUCUGUGCAAAAGCAGUAUCAGAUAGUGAUCUGUUAAUGGCACAAUGGUUGAUGGAUGAAUUACGUCAAAUGGUCUCUGUUACUGGUGAACCACUUCAAAGGUUGGGAGCAUACAUGUUGGAAGGGCUUGUUGCGCGGCUGGCCUCCUCAGGGAGUAACAUUUGCAAAGCAUUGAGAUGCAAAGAACCAGCAAGCGUGGAACUCCUCUCUUACAUGCACAUUCUUUUUGAGGUUUGCCCUUACUUCAAAUUUGGCUAUAUGUCUGCAAAUGGAGCCAUUGCAGAAGCUAUGAAGGAUGAAAACAGAGUUCAUAUUAUUGAUUUCCAAAUUGCCCAGGGGAGUCAAUGGGUCACUUUGAUCCAGGCUUUUGCAGCGAGGCCUGGCGGGCCACCCCACAUCCGCAUAACAGGUAUCGAUGAUUCCAUGUCGGCUUACGCUCGUGGAGGAGGACUAGAUAUUGUGGGGAAGAGGCUAUCUAAGCUUGCAAAGUCUGUUAAGGUGCCAUUUGAGUUCCAUGCUGCAGCCAUGUCUGGUUGUGAUGUCCAGCUAGAGAAUCUUGGGGUUCGACCUGGGGAAACUCUGGCUGUGAACUUUGCAUUCAUGCUACACCACAUGGCUGAUGAGAGUGUCAGCACUCAGAAUCAUCGGGACAGGCUACUGAGGCUGGUCAAAAGCCUGUCUCCGAAGGUGGUGACCCUUGUUGAGCAAGAAUCUAACACGAAUACUGCUGCAUUCUAUCCGCGGUUCCUUGAAACACUGAACUACUACACAGCUAUGUUCGAGUCGAUUGAUGCCACCCUUCCAAGGGACCGUAAGGAGCGGAUCAAUGUCGAGCAGCACUGCUUGGCAAGGGAGGUGGUUAACAUAAUAGCCUGUGAGGGGCCUGAGAGAGUGGAACGGCAUGAGCUUCUUGGUAAGUGGAGGUUGCGGUUCAAAAUGGCCGGAUUCACUCCAUACCCUCUAAGCCCCUUGGUGAAUGGCACCAUUAAAUCACUGCUGGAGAACUAUUGUGACAAAUAUAGGCUUGAAGAAAGAGAUGGAGCUCUUUAUCUCGGCUGGAGGAAUAGAUAUUUGGUUGCUUCUUGUGCAUGGAAGUGAAAACUGGGCACCAAUUGAUGCAUUUUCUUAGGAAGUGAAAACUGAGCACCAAAGGACCAGAGCUUUCAUUGAGACCAUGUUAAUGCCCUGAACUUUCUUGUUUGGCAGGCUGAGGAAGAAACUGAUUGCUGGUGCAAUUGCAGGGUUUCAUCAUGGAUGUAAUUUUUUGAGUAUUUUGACAUCAAUGUUUAUUUUCUAAGAAAGUUGGAUAUUGGUUUUGGAAUA